UGUUAAGAGAUUCUGUCAGACAAAAGUUUAAUGUAACACCCCUACUGGUUGGAAUGGUACGUCCCUGAGUUAAUGAGUCGGAUAAUUUGCAUGUGUCCGACCUUUUGAGGAAAUGACCCAAGAAUUGCGGGGACGAAUGACAACAACAUGUUUGCUCCGAGGUGACGGGAAAAUUCUGCAGUUUUUGUACAAACAGUUGCGCCAGAAUCGAGUGUGCGUUAUCCAAGGUGACCCGCACAAUGCUUUACAAGGCCCAGGUCGGCUGGCCUGCGGCGGUUUGUCGGUGGUUUUACCGACCUAGUCUGCCACUUCAUGUGGGUUCAACGGCCGACUGACGGGCAAACAGAACAACAUGGGAGACCAGACUGUGACAGCACAGGGUGAAGGAGACAAGGACGCUAGUUCGGAAGAUGUUGAUUCUAAACCACAACGGGCCAUUUCAGACAUUGGAGCAAAGAACAGGCUGUCGUGGUACAAUUUCUUCUCUCGUGGACGCGGGAACGUGUCCGGUGACGUCGCAGGUCAGGAGGCCGCAGCAGACGAGAGUUCGGCGGUUACCGCGGUAGAGUCUGAGACUGACACACCUCAGGCGGGAAGUACUAGCACGCCCACAACAAGCGAAGAACACAGCAGCAGUCUGGAGGACUGGUUCCUGUCGAACGAGGAGGAACACGAGGAUUUCAUCAGCGAGGUUCAGCUGGACACGCUGGUGAUUAUGGAGGUGGAGGAGGACGAACCCGUGCGGCCCACACAGCGAGGGGACUGGUACACUCUCCUGUGGCGCUCCCACUCCGAGUCGUCAUCAGGGUCGCCCAGUGAAGGCGACAGACGGUGGUCUAUAGCAGACGAGUUGGAAGUGUCCCCUGUUCUAACAAAGAUAAUGGAGGAAGACUAUCACGAGAAGGACACUGGCAAUAAAAACGGGUUGAUGUGUGACCUUGAGCAUCUGGAGAUGACAAAAGACGGUAGAUUUGCUCCCUUGGGCGGUGACCCAGAAGAACCAUUGCCGGGGAAACAGGUAGGGACAGAAGCAGGGACAGGGACAGAGGUUCAGAAAGAUCUUGUUAGACAGGGACAAAUAGAGAAGUCCCUGAUGCGCUGGUUAGACGCAGGGUUUCAAGGGAACGUGUUUGUAGAGGAGGCCGAGUGGGAGGACGCGCAGUACGGCACUGACGACAGUUACGGGGAGGGUGACGAGUCCUACGACAGCGAUGACGAAGACGAAGACGUGUUUGUUGAAGACAUGGCUGAGAGUAGCCCGGAAGCAUUCUCGCCGUUUCUACAGGGGCAAGGGUCAGACACACCAAACGAGGCUGUUGUCAUCGCUUCGUGUUUCGGUAUCGCCGGCCCUUAUGUGAGAAGCACCCUUCAACGGCGACUGUCAGUAAUCCUGGAACUCUCGGACUCCGACAGCUCGGGAACAGAGCCGAAUACAACAGAGCAUGAGACAAGCGGACAGGAAGUACACAUUGUCGAUACAAGGUCUACGUCGGGUAAGCAACCGGCGGAAACCGCAACUACCAUGUCAGCCGAAACAAACGUCCACAACUCUGUCGGUUCAUCAGAAGGGACUGAAAGCGAGGGGCCCUCUAUAAACACGUUACUAGAUUGCUCGAGAGAAGAUAUUGCUACUUUGAAUGAGACAGUAGUGCCCGACAGCCUUUGUCCAGCUGGCGCGACGGAGGACAAACCUCCACUCAAGGCAGAAGCGACCAAAGAAGACAUCAUCCCCUUUUCAGCUGAUAGUUCAGCAAAAACAAAGUUUGACACAGAAAAUGUACUCUCUGAAGAGACAGAAAAUGUUGACACUGAACUUGACACCAGUAAUGUAAUCGAUGUGGACAUCUCACUAAGAGUAACGACAGAGGCAAAGCCACCUAGUACAGACACCACCCCCGAGGCAACAGUCAUAACUAGCGACAAUGAGCUAGACAAAGUAGCACAACCAGCCCACAUCGUGCCGUCAGCUAUGGUACAUUCGGGAGGGGAGACAACAGAGGUCAGGGGUAUCGAGAAAAGACAGACCGAACCGGACAUUACUGCAUCAGUUAAAAAUAAAGCUGGCAAACUACUUCGGAUGUCUAUGACUACUUCCGGUGACAAUGAUGUGGACGUAAACGAACGGAACGACAUCAACGCCAACAAUAUAAGAACUCUGACUGGUGCUAACGAAGUGGAAACGACAGCGACAGACAUCGAAAAAUACAUCCACAUGACGUUAAGUGACCCCAGCAGUGGGAUGAUUUUCGAUAUAGAUCCCACUGUUGAGACUGUUCCCUGGUCGAUUGCAACAGCUGUUCUCAGCGAAAAAGAUAGGAUGAAAACCCAAAACCAGGACGUGGACGGAACAACAAUCAAAUGUGAAAUCUUUAAACCAGAAUCACGUCAUGAGAACAUUACCAACGAAGAAAGUAGUACAGCAGAACUUUCAGGCUUAGUGGCCGGAGAGGACGCAGGGAAGGACAACGAUCGUGAGGACACGGCUGGUACUGACAAAACUGUGAGCAGAAUGGAGAGAAUUGAAGAUAAUGGUGGACACGAAUUGCAAACUACUGACAUCGCCACGCCACUGAAGACCAGUGUGGAUGACACAGCUGAUACGGCGGAGAAGACAGGGACUGACAGUGUCGCUGAUGAACUGGGGAAUACACAAACAGACUACACAGAGAGGCUACAGACAACUGACUCUGAAGACACCAUGGCUAAAGCAGAGAUAACUGAGGCUGAGAAAACUCCUUAUAAUAGCUGUGAUAUGGAUGCAGGGGACACCAUUGAUGCUGACAACAUCACACCCAGACCAGAGACUACUGACGUCACGACAAAAAGACUACAGACCGUGAUGCAUGAGGACAAGCCUGCACAGAUGGACAUCCAGGUCGGCGAGGAACACAGCGGCAUUAAGUCGUCAGGGAAUGAUUCUACGAAAACAGAAACGAUCCACAACACCGACGAAACAAAGAGCUCUAGUGCAUUUCCACAGGAAUUCGGAGCUAAGAAACACUACAGAGAACUGGACAAAAUAGAGGGAUACGAGAUAAACAACUCUGUGCCAGAAAUGCAAGUAAUGAACGAAUGGUUGUCAGCCGUUUUGACAGUAAAGACAGACCAGGUAGUCAGCGAGAGCAUCGGUUCUGAUUCAGACAGUGAGGAUGAGACCAGGUACGCGGUGUUAGACCGUGCUGAGGUGUACGUCUGGUCUGAGUCUGGGUCAGAAAGUGAGGAGGAACAUGAGUCUGACAAAGUGGAUGUACCGAUUCCGGCCGGGGGAAAUGUAGGCAAGAAUAGGAAGGGUAGAUGUGCUGUACAGUAGAUAGUUUGCU